GGUGUAUCAUCCACGUAAGGUGAUUGGCGCAUUGUCUGUGGCGGAUAUGGCUAGAGCUGUGGCUUUAUAAGGGCUCCCAGGCCAAGUCGAGAACCUUAUACAUAUGACCAGGUAAGCCUCCGAAAUCAACAUACCUGACCUGACUUGCAGGCGGUUAAGUCUGUACGGUUAUUUGACCUAACUUGGCUCAUCGAACUCGCUGCUGUACGUUAUGUACAUACCUUAGGUACCUAACCUAUCACCAGAUCAAGGUGCUUCCGAAUCAGCUGCAUCGGUGCAUCUCAUAAACAGAAACAUUAAGGAUGGCGAUUAACGACGGCGCAAAGAGAGUGCCGGAGACACAAUUGCAACAAGAGGAUAUCCCUGCGUAUCAAAAUAGUGCACCGAGCAUCUUCGUGCCCACGCACAUUGAUUUCACAAAACCACCACCGGAACUGCCAUCAGAACCAAGUAAACGACGUGACGAAAUACUCUCUCAGAUUGAUGAGCAUGCAGCUGCCGUACAGGACAACAUAUACUACAUGCUUAACCGCGAAAAGACAAGAAUCCGUCAAGAAUGUAAAUGGAGAGAAGAGAAAUUCCCUCCACAUCCUAGAGCAGUACCAGGCUUAACGGAAAGCCAGGAGCGCUCGCUUCCUUCGAGCGGAAUGGAGAUAGACGAGAUCUUACAUAUUAGACCAUCCACCUCCCAGCCGAGUCGAGGCGAUUACGAGGUACCUCCUGAUUUUACGCACGCUCAAUGCUUGCAUGAGGCCGGAAGACCUGAAGAACCGCCACGUAAGUCAGCUGAGAAGAUGUUAAUGAACUUAGUGAAGCAUGGUGUUCAGAACUUGGAGGGGUUCGCCCAACAUGUCAAGAAUGUAAAGGAAGCAAAGAUCAAGGAGCUCGAAAAUGAGUUAGUCUUGGAGGGUCAAAGUUCUACGGAAAUUGCGCCUGCAGAUAUUAUGGAUACGAAUUAACGCUGACUGGCAGCAUGUAUAUACAAAAGCUGCCCUUGCCUCGGGUACCAAUGCCCCUGGCGAAGAAUAAAUACUGCUCAACUUCAUAUUCUGCCUUCCGUAGUCGAUAUCCCUGUAUCAUCGGCAGAAGGGGUUCGUCCAGUCUCCCAAGGCUUUGGUGGUGCUGCAAGGCGGCCAUGAGUUGUAAACGCCGGGUCCUCGAUAACCGUAUCGGGUAUCUGUCUUAUUCCAGGAAUAGGCUGCCCCGUCUGUA